CUGCAGGGAGCUGCACUCACCCACCCCCAUCCCCGCAUUGACACGCUGCAGCCUGGUGGGGGCCCGGGGGACCCCGCUGUGCCCUGCGGCAUGGGUGGGCCUGACCCUACCCAAGCGGGGCUCAGCACGCCACCAGCAUCGGCCAGCCGAGCAUCCGCCUCCCGCUCCGCGUUGCCAGGCCAACGCCGCGGAGGAUGCUGGCAGCCCCUGCGCCGGGGCUGCCUCCGCAGCGUGGCGGGCAGCGUGCCCCACGCCUCUCCAUGGGGCGCACAUUGCCACCGGCACCCUGCCUGCCUCCACGGACAGGGCCGCAGCCUGGCCCACCGGGGCCGCAGGGCCGGGGACUGACCCACGGCUGCGUCCCACCCAAGAUCCCCGGCGCGGACCACAGCCCGGACAGCCCUCAGCCAGCCCCGUGGGAGCAUGGCCCAGCAGGAUGGCGAGCGGGGACCUCAGGCGAUGGCACUCACAGCCCCCGAGCUGGAGUGCAAGAUCUGCUACAGCCGCUACGAUGCCCGCGCCCGCAGACCCAAGCUGCUCUGCUGCGGCCACCGCCUCUGUGCCAAGUGCCUGUGCAAUAUGGUGGUACUGGGGCAAGCGUCGCCCUGCCAGCUCCGCUGCCCCUUCUGCCGCCGGCACAGCCCUGUGCCCAGUGGGGAUGUGCAGCAGCUGCAGGAUGACGGUGAGGCGCUGGCACUGCUGACAGGCCGUGAGCGAGCCAAGAAGCGGGGUCCUCCCCGGUCCCCUGAGGUCCUCCUCUGCCCCAGCGUGCUGGAGCCCGUGCCUGGCCCCGACUGCCUGGUUGUCACUAUCCUGGAGGUGCCGGAGGAUGUGGCCCCGCCGGAGGGCCUGGGCAGGCUCGAGGUGGUGCGGCUGUACCGCUCCGCCAGCCUGGGCACAUUGCCCUGCCACAGCCCUGGGCAGAAGUGCCACUCCUGGGGGUGGCGAGCUGUCCCCCGCUUCAUCCUGGGUGUCCUCUGCCUCCUCUACUUCAGUUCUCUGCCCUUUGGUAUCUACCUCCUGCUCAUCGAGCACCACAGCCUGGGCAUCGUCCUGGUCAGCCUUGUGCCCUCCACCCUCCUCCUCUGCAUCGUCUACAGCCUCUGCCAGUGUCUAUGCCGGGAGGUCUUUGGGUUCCCCCACUCCUGACCCUGCAUGGCCAAGCCCUGUGCCCACACUGGGGAGGCUUUGGGCACCUUGGCUACAGGUGUUCCCCAACCCACGGCUGACCCACAGCAUGGCGCUGUGCCUGGACCACAGGGAGAUGCUCAGCAACUAUUGCCUUCCCUUGCAGAACAGUGUGGGCUUUGCCUAGUGAGAGCUCAUCCCAGAGCGGCUGCAGGAGCUUGUUGCUGCCUACGAGCAUUCAGACCAGACCCUCAGUUCCUCAUCCUCUUCCUUCACAGCACACAAAGAGCAGGAGCUGGGCUGAUAGCAAAGCAGCGGCUGGGACACUAAUCCCAACUAAGGAAGCACGAGUGCUCGGCGCCUAGCGCCGUGCCUGGAGGGCCCCGGCAGCUGGCCGCAGCCCGGUGCCGGCAGGAGAAGGGCGGGCAGAGCCCGGGGGCUCCUGCGGCCGGCUGGCACCAGCACAGCUCCAUGUCCACAGUGUAAAUAGUUCUGUCCGUGGCGCCCGUGCUCCUCGCAGGGCUGCUCCCAUCGCAUCCGUGUUUCUUUCCCACAUGUGUGAGUCCCGUGUUCGCCGGCACUGUGUACCGUAUAGGGGAGGAGCGGAGAAGAGGAGUUUCUUUGGUGUGUAAAGACGUCUUUGCAGCUGUUUUGUAGUCGUUGUGGUUUUUAUGCGGAGCCUCCGGGCUUUAUUUAACCUCCUUGGGUUUUGUUUUGUAAGGAUUAAUUUAACACCGCUAACCAUUUUAUUACUUUUACCAAGAAGAGCAAAGUCUAUUUUUGAUUUCUGUUUCCUAGUUCUUAGGAACAUUAAAAACCAGCAUACAGCUCUG